AUGCCACGGAUCCCAACCAUACCAGGAGUUGCUAUUCCUCCACGCUCUGACCAAGAACGGUGGCUGAAGGGUCAUGUAGCGAGACUUUGCCAGCUAGAACAUGAGCGAUUUCCUGGGGGCCAACCAAUCAGUUUUGCAUCGGGACACUUGCAGCAGUUGGAACAGCGCGAUUACUGGGUAUGCGAGAAGUCUGAUGGCCUUCGCGUCCUCUUCUUCCUUCAAACCGACGUCACGUCAGGCACUCAAGCAGUGUACCUUAUCGACAGACAUAAUGAUUAUUAUGAGGUUUCUGGUUUCUGGUUUCCUCAUCACGAAAGGCGUAAGGAGCCAUUGGGAGACACCAUUGUCGAUGGAGAGCUUGUCAUCGAUGUAGACCCUCGCACCAAGAAAGAAACUUUGCGUUUUCUCGCGUUUGACUGCCUCGUGGUUAAUUCACAGAAUGUCAUGUCGCGAACGCUGGACAAGCGAUACGGUCGUCUCAAAGAAUGGUUUUUUAAACCGCUCUCAAUGAUGAUGCAAGAACUGCCUCACAUGGCUGGCAGUCAGCCCUUUGAUAUCAAGGUUAAAAACAUCAGCUUCUCCUAUGGUGUCGAGGAAGUCUUCCAAGGCACCGAUCCAAACAUAUUGAAGUGGAAACCUCCUUCCGAGAACUCUAUUGACUUUAAACUCGUGCUGCGGUUCCCUCCGUUGAAAGGUGAUCCAUCGAAGCCAGAUUAUCACGCGAAACCGUUCUUCGGUCUUCAUGUGUACUGUGGCGACGAGCAGGGACGACCGAAAUACGAACCUUACGAUGAACUCUUCGUCGAUGAUGAUGAGUGGGAAAUGAUGAAGUCAUCAGGCGAACAAAUUGAUGACCGGAUUGUCGAGGUUCACUGGGAUCCUAUUACUUCCCAUUGGCGUAAGAUGCGCUUCAGGGAUGAUAAACCCAAUGGCAACUAUCGGACGGUAGUUGAGAACAUCAUUCAAAGCAUUGCUGAUGGAGUCGAGAAGGAUGCGCUCCUCGAGCGCUCUGGGGCAAUAAGAAACGCCUGGAAAGCUCGUCACGCUCGGCCACAGCAACCCGCCCAGAGACCAGACCCUGCGCUAUCAAACGGGCCCUCAUUAGGGCAUCCCCCACCGCCAGAUGUUCGAUUAAGAUACGGUCCUCUCGCAACUUCGCGUUGGAGCAGGGUGUCUGGACCCCCAAUGUUUGCUGGCAUGUAUCGCUGAUCCAAUUCCUUGCACCUAUUACGUC